UCCCUCCCCUCCACCAACAACACCAUAAACAACACCAACCCCACAGUAACCCGAUACCGGAGAGACGAGCGGUCCAGACAAGCCUGCAAACGAGGCGUUUCCAGCCGCCCCGAUCCCAGCCAGAUAUAUCCAUCUCCUCCUCCUGUCUGCGCCGGAAGGAGGACCUCCGUCUGCGGCGCACCAGCGAACCAUCGUCGCUUUUUCGGCUUGUGAAUUCUUGCGAAUUCUUGUGAAUUAUUCCCAUCCCUAGUAACGAGGAUCGUGAUAUGAGACGGGACGAGGGGGAGCUAAGUGGCUAGCGUCGGUUAGCUCCGACAGUAGGCAGCUUGUAAACGCACCCGAAGCUAACCGAGCUAACGUGGCUAACGUUUAAAUGCCAAAUUCCCGACUGUAGUGUCGAAAGAGUGGCACGUUUGGCAGCGAAUAUAGCCGAGGAUGGUGCGUGUGUAGGCGAAUGAGCUGCGCGUCGAGAUUUUUACCCUCUUUGGCGAAGUUUUUGCAGCGGCAGACAGCGGCGAAGGGCAGCUAGCAUGUUAGCCAGCAGAAAUGGACGGAGGCUCCGCCAGACGAGGUAGCCGCCCGGGGUCAUCAGCCCGACCCGGCCCGGUCCGGUCCGGUCCGGUCUGGAGCAAAAAACGCGACUGAGUUAACUUCUCUCUAAACUCUAAGAAAAAAAUCGCCCGCAGACCGAGCCUAGUGCCUCUUUUCGCAUCAUUUAUUUUUUUUUAUUUAUUUAUUUUAUUAUUUUUUUCCUUCCAAUGUGUUGGUCCGUGCCCGUGAGAACAGGAAAAAAUCCGAAGAAGAAGAAGAAGCAGCAGUAGCAGCAGCAGCAGCAGCAGCGGCGUAGGACCAGAAGAAGAAGUAAUAAAAUAAUAAAAACAAUAACACUUGGAGGAGGUCGAGCUACGAGACCAAAGUCUAUGUACACUGUCAUGGCUGUGGCACGGAUCACGAUGAAAUCACUGGCUAAAUUUGGGGUUUGCCUGGCGAUUCUCCUGACUUCUGUGGCCGCGGCGCAGGGCGAGGAGAGGGAGUGCGCCUUCACCGACCAGCAGCAGCAGUGGGAGGUGGAGCGAGUGGCGGGGGGCGAAGGCCGGGUCUCCCCGGAGAACACCACAAUCCGGUGCGCCAAGGGCAGCCACUGUUUUGGCCUGUGGGAGAAAAGUCCUCCGGGCGAAGUGCGGCUGGUCAAACAAGGCUGCUGGACUCACCUCGGCGACAACCAGGGCUGCCGUGACGACCGCUGCGUGGUGACCAACCUGCCCCCGCAGAUCCAGAACGGGACGUACCACUUCUGCUGCUGCGGCAGCGACAUGUGCAACGUGAACUUCACGGAGGACUUCCCGCCGCCGAGCCCCACCACCGCGCAGCCCUUCCACCCUCCCACGCUGCGCCACGAAGAGACGGUCACGAUCGCCCUGGCAACAAUCUCCGUGCUGGCCGUGGUUGCCGUAGCAGCCUUCUUCUUCUACCGCAUGAUGCACGGAGACGGUAAACAAGGCCUUCACAACCUGAACAUGAUGGAGGCCGCCGGCUCUGAGAGCUCCCUGGACCUGGACAAUCUGAAACUGCUGGAGCUGAUUGGCCGCGGCAGAUACGGCGCCGUGUACUGCGGCUCCCUGGACGAGCGUCCCGUGGCCGUGAAGGUGUUCACCGCCGCCAACCGGCAGAACUUCCUCAACGAGUGCUCCAUCUACCGGCUGCCGCUGCUGGAGCACGACAAUAUCGCGCGGUUCGUGGCCGCCGACGAGCGGACGGGCACCGAGGGGCGCACGGAGUACCUGCUGGUCAUGGACUACUACCCACACGGCUCCCUGAGUCGCUACCUGAGCGUCCAGACCAACGACUGGGUCAACAGCUGCCGGCUGGCCCACUCGGUCACGCGGGGGCUGGCGUACCUGCACACGGAGCUCUUCAAAGGAGACUUGUACAAGCCGGCGGUUUCCCACAGGGACCUGAACAGCCGCAACGUCCUCGUCAAGCCGGACAACACGUGCGUCAUCAUCGACUUCGGCCUGUCCAUGAAGCUGACGGGCAACAGGCCGGCGCGUCACGGGGAGGAGGAGAACACGGCAAUUAGCGAGGUGGGGACGAUCCGCUACAUGGCCCCGGAGGUUCUGGAGGGAGCCGUGAACCUGAGGGACUGCGAGUCGGCGCUGAAGCAGGUGGACAUGUACGCGCUGGGUCUGAUCUACUGGGAGACCUUCAUGAGAUGCACCGACCUUUUCCCCGGAGAGUCUGUGCCAGAGUACCAGAUGGCCUUUCAGGCGGAAGCAGGCAACCAUCCCACGUUCGAGGACAUGCAGGUCCUGGUUUCCAGGGAGAAGCAGCGGCCAAAAUUCCCAGAGGCCUGGAAGGAGAACAGCCUCGCUGUUCGGUCUCUAAAAGAGACGAUGGAGGACUGUUGGGACCAGGACGCGGAGGCUCGUCUCACGGCCCAGUGCGCCGAGGAGCGGCUGGCGGAGCUGCUCCUCAUAUGGGACCGCUCCAAGUCCGUCAGCCCCACCCUCAACCCCAUGUCCACCACGCUGCACAACGAGAGAAAUCGCAUGACACCAAAGUCGGGCCCGUACACGGAUCACCCCUCCACGUACAUCGAGGAGCACGAGGGCGUGGCCAAGAACGCGCAGGGGGACGCCACCGGCUCGGUGACCGGCAGAGCCGGGGUCGGGACCGGAGAGAGGAACAGGAACUCCAUCAACCAGGAGCGUCAGCAGCAAGCCAACGCCCGCCUGCCCAGCCCGGAGGGCAGCAGCACCAGCAUGGGCCUGAGGGGCAGCCCUUCCGCCUCCACCACCACCACCACCAUCAUCUCCGACUCGGAGGGGACCACGGGGGCCCCCGCGGUCCCCGUCUGCCUGCACCUGACCCAGGAAGAUCUGGAGACCACCAAGCUGGAUCCCAAAGAGGUGGACAAGAACCUGAAGGAGAGCUCGGACGAGAACCUGAUGGAGCACUCGCAGAAGCAGUUCUGCUCACCGGACCCGCUGAGCCCCGGCAGCUCCAGCCUCCUCUACCCCCUCAUCAAGAUGGCCAGCGAGGCCUCGGGCACGUCGGAGCCCGCCGCCGCCAUGCCCACCGCCAUCUUCCCCCUGCCCAAGCAGCAGAACCUGCCCAAGAGGCCGUCGAGUCUGCCCCUGCGCAACAAGCCUGCCAAGAAGGAAUCGUCGUCCUCUUCGCUGAGGUUUAAGUUCGGACGCUCGGGGAAGUCCAACCUGCGGCAGGUGGAGGGGACAAAGAUGAACAUUGGCGCGGCGGCGGGCGCCAACACGGCCGUCGAGGCCCACCGGGUCACGGGCACCAACAACAUACCCGCUCUGCGAGAAACUCACGCCAACGGCGGCGUCAACGGCGCCGCCAACGGCCACGUGAGCGUCGGGAUUUCAUCCAUAGCGUCGGGGGGAGCGUCGGGUUUCGGAGGAGCCGGCGCGACUCAGAACGGGUCCGGCGCCCUGAGGUCGGACGACGGCCGGCUGAGCCUCGGCGUCAUCACGGCCAGCCCCGACGAGCACGAGCCGCUCCUGAGCAGGGAGCGGGAGCAGCCCGACCCGAGGGACGCCGCCUCCAGCGUGGCGGCGCUCCGCUCGGCCCGGCCCAACACCAACAACAACAACAGCAACACCGGCCACGGCCAGGGGGGCGGCGAGAGCGGAGGGGAGAGCGACGCAGGGGAGGAGGACGGAGGGAGCGGGGAAGGCGGGAGCAGGGAGACGACGGGGCCCCAAGGAGAAAGCUCGGGGUCGGGGCCCGUCGCGGCGCACCCCCAGGGGGAGGCGUCGGUCACCAUGAGAGGAGAGGCCCUGCUGAGGCAGCCCCGAGCCCGGAGACCUGAGAGACCCAACUCCCUGGACCUGUCCUUCACAACGCAGGACCUCACCUCUCUAGGAGAGGGUUUGGUGCAGCCGGACGGAGUCCCGGGGACCGGAGAGAAGAUCAAGAAGCGCGUCAAAACGCCGUACUCCCUGAAGAAGUGGCGCCCGACCACGUGGGUCAUCACCACGGACACCCGGGGGCCCGAGGUCAACAACAACGGCUCCACCCGCGGCCCAGCUCACAGCCAGAACCGGCCCAAGUCCAGUUCGGCCAUCUACCUGCACGGGGGGAGCCUGGCCAACGAGCCCAGCGACACCCACGUGUGAACUCAAGAUCCUCAGACAAGACUGGAAGGAGGAAAAAAAUGAAAAAAAUGAAUUACAAAGCAGAGAGCACUUGGUUUGUGUCUGUGGAGCUCUCUGUUGAGAAUCAGCAAGAGGAAGCUAAGGAGUCUGCGGCGAACAAACAGUCGAGUCUGAUCAUGUACAGUAAUUAGGUCCGUUCUCGCUCCUGUGUGUCUUUCUGAUGGCAUUGCUUCAAAUGGAAUCCAGCUAUGCAGCAUUCGCUUGUUUCUGCAUUUUCCGUAUAAUCCCCCUCUGUUGGCUCCUUUCAUAUCUCACCGUCAUGAGCGUAGCGACGACGUCUUUUGAUUUUUUUUUAUUAUUAUUAUUAUUUUAUUUUGUUUUUUUUUCCUCUCUCUUUCUCUUUGCACUUUGAACCAAUUUAAAAUCAGUGUUUCUAAAGCCGCGUCCGUUGCGACCACGCCAGAAAAAAGGUGGUCUCUAAACUUAAAAAGAAGAAGAAGAAGAAGAAGAAAAAGAAAAAAGGCGAUGGAAAACAAUCAACACUUCUUUUUCCUCACACUUUGCUAUUUGAGAGUGGGCUCUGUAAAAGAAUUAACGGUCUUAAAAGACGGAACAAACUACUUUUUUUUAUUAUUUUAUUAUUAUUAUUAUUUCCUUUGAUUUGUAUGCAAUACCAGUAUCAUUUUUUUUUUUGUAUCAUACGUUUUAAUUGUGCAAUAGGAUGUAGCUUUUUAGACGCUUUAAAUGUUUUAUUGCUUCCAUCAUAUUGGUUUUAUCCUCGUCAUUAUUUUGAUAUGUUAAUCUCUGUUGCACUUAUGAGUAGUCACAAUCGUUUUGUAUACAAUCCACGACUCACUAUCACCCCCCCACCACCACCACCACCACCCCUUCGAGACUGGAGGAGAAUAAAGGUGACAAUCCUCUCUUUUCCCUUUCCUCUGGACAUUAAGUAAGUAAGGAGGGAGGAGGUGAGGGGGGGGCACAGACACUAACAAUCAAUCCCAGCUGACUGGAAAAGUGGGUUUAAACGGGACUUGUCUGCUUGCACAACGACACCACUAACGGCUCAGACUCUGGGGUCUUUUAACACUACAAUCACCAGAAUCAAAAGCUCGGGAGGGAUCUGUUACGGUGGGCCGACUCGGCCCCCUGCACCACUACCGCCUCAGCUCACCGUGGACUCUGUGGACUGUGUGUGUGCUUCGCUGUAUAUGACUGACAGACCGGAUUCUGCUCUUUGAACGCUGUUGGAAACCGGACAAAGAAAACAAAAAAAAAAAAAAGAGAAAAGAAAGAAAGUAUAAAGAACCCACUGAAGCACGCUGGAUAUUAUUUCUGCUUCUCGUCGUCUCAUCCCUUGAUGUUCGAAUGACUGGUUCUAGUGUGUGAGCGUGCACGUGUCGUGUUUCUUUAAGAGUCGUUCGGGGCCUGUACGGGCGAGCCGACGCGUCCUCCUACUCAUCCUGUAUUUACAGCGCUGCUUCACGGCAUAUGAAAAGAUCUCAUUUAUGUUUUUGUAAUCUGUAAUUUGUAUGAAAAAGAAAAAAAAAUACCUACAACACAUGUACGUGUACUGCAUUAAUAUUUGCAUCAUUUUUAUGGAUUUUAUGUUUAGCAUUCAAUGGACAUGGCCUUUGAUCCCAUUGCUAUGCGUCUGCUUGGUACAAUUUCUGUAAACAUUUUCAAGUCAAUAUAGAAGAAAAAAAUCUCAAUAAAUGUAUUAAAUAAUUGUUA